AUGCGCCAAGGGAAGUUAGAUGCGCAGGACGAUCUCGACGCUAACAACGAGUUUGACAAUAGAGAGGACGGCUUGGAGGAUCGGGAGCCGAUGCUCAAGUCGCCAGCAGGAGCAGCAUCCGGAAAGCUUAAACCGUUCAGCUUGGAAACUCCGGCACACGGCGGUGGAGGGGGAGGUCACCACGGCGCAGGCGGCGGCCAUGGAUUCGCAGGAGCUACAGUAUCAAGCGGGAUCUUUAAUCUCUCCACGUCGAUUAUCGGAGCAGGCAUUAUGGGUCUACCAGCCACUCUCAACGUGCUCGGCUUGCCGCUCGGAGUGCUGCUGCUUGUAGCGAUGGGGCUUCUAACGGAGCUGUCGAUCGAGGUGCUGGUGAACGCGUCGGCGGUGCGGCGAAUCUGGACGUACAGCGGGCUGGUGGUGGAGGACUGCGGGCAGCGGUCGCGCCUGGUGCUGGAUCUGGCGGUGCUGGUGAACAACGUGGGCAUGUGCACCGUGUACCUCAUCAUCGUUGGUGGGUGUUGGUGUGUUGGUGUGUUGGUGUGUUGGCGUGUUGGCGUGUUGGUGUGUUGGCGUGUUAGUGCGUUGAUGCGUGUUGCUGACGUUGUGGCGGGCACAUCAGCGCAGCACGGGGCAGCAUCCCAGGUGGAGGCCAUGCGGGAGGCAUCGCUGCAUGAGGGGCUGCUGGCGGAGUGGGGGCUGGUGGCGGGGGCGUGGUGGCCCAUGCGUCCCAUCGUCAUCAUCUCCACCAUGCUGCUCGUGCUCGCCCCACUCGUGGCCCUUAAACAUGUUGACUCCCUGCACUACACAUCCACGCUGUCCAUAGCGCUGGCGGUGGUGUUUGUGGUGAUCACAGUGGGCGUGGCGGCAGCGCAACUCCCUGCACUACACAUCCGCGCUGUCCAUAGCCCUGGCAGUGGUGUUUGUGGUGAUCACAGUGGCCGUGGCCGCAGCGCAGUGGGUGCAGGGGCGCAUCCAGCCGCCGCGCAUGCUGCCCGCGUGCUCCUCACUCAAAGACCUCUCUGGCCUCUUCUCCGUCAUGCCGGUGCGUGCGUGCGCGAGGGGGAGGGAGUGCGAGGGAGUGUGGGGGAGAUUGAGCAAGUGCGGGUGAUGGCAACAGCAUAUGCGUGCCACUACAAUGUGCACUCUAUUUUCGUGUCCCUCAAGGAUCGCACAGCAAUGCUGGUUGAAGUCACUCCUGAGAAUCCUCAAACGUCUCUCCCCCUCCCCCUCUACUCCUCCCCUCGCCCUCCACUCCUCCCCUCGCCCUCCACUCCUCCCCUCCCCCUCCACUCCUCCCCUCCCCCUCCACUCCUCCCCUCCCCCUCCACUCCUCCCCUCCCCCUCCACUCCUCCCCUCCCCCUCUCUCUCCCUCUCCACUUAAAGAACGCACAGCAGCAACCAUGCUCCGGGUCACCCGCUCCUCGCUACUCCUCUGCACCACAGUCUACGUCCUCACAUCCGUCUCCGCCUUCCUCCUCUUCGGCUCCAGCACCGCCUCAGACGUGCUAAUAAACUUCGACCGGGACCUAGGCCUGCCCCUCUCCUCUCUCAUCAACGACACCGUCCGAGUCACCUACGUCCUCCAUAUAGUCUUUGUCUUUCCCGUGAUUUUCUACUCAUUGAGACUAAUCGCGGACGAUUUGAUCUUCCCCGGGGCGGAGAAGCCGCUACUGGAGGAUGAUAGGAGGUUUGCGGUGGUGACGGUGGGGGGGAUGGUGCUGGUGGGAGUGGGGGCGGUGAUGGUCCCGAAUAUUGGGCUUGCGUUUGAUAUCACGGGGGCCACUGCAACGAUGCUGCUUGCCUUUGUCUUCCCGGCUCUGCUCACUCUCAGGGACCGGCUGGGGCUGUUUGCAUCAUGGCACAGGGCAGUGGCACACUUCCUUCUCGUCUUCUCUGCACUUGUCAGCGUUACAGGCCUCUCCAGACAGAGGGGGAGAGACACGGGGGGAAGGACACAGGUGGAGAGACAGAGGGUGAAGGGCAGACGGGGAGAGACAGAAGGGGAAGGACGGAGGGGGAGGAACAGAGGGGGGGGGGCAGAGAGUGAGAGACAGAAGCUCCGUUUACCCCCCAAUAUAUUCUCCUUUGCCUCACCUGCUUCCCCCCAUCCCCUUCCCUGCUUCCCCCCAUCACCUUCCCUGCUUCCCCCCAUCCCCUUCCCUGCUUCCCCCCAUCCCCUUCCCUGCUUCCCCCCAUCCCCUUCCCUGCUUCCCCCCAUCCCCUUCCCUGCUUCCCCCCAUCCCCUUCCCUGCUUCCCCCCAUCCCCUUCCCUGCUUCCCCCCAUCCCUUCCCUGCUUCCCCCCAUCCCCCUCCCUGCUUCCCCCCAUCCCCUUCCCUGCUUCCCCCCAUCCCCCUCCCUGCUUCCCCUCAUCCCCCUCCCUGCUUCCCCCCAUCACGAUCCCUGCUUCCCCCCAUCCCCUUCCCUGCUUCCCCCCAUCCCCUUCUAUGCUUCCCCCCAUCCCGCUCCCUGCUUCCCCCCAUCCCCUUCCCUUCUCUACACGGGCGCAUGGCGGGGCGGGCGGGCAGUGGGUGCGCUGGAGGCGCUGAACGCCGCGUGGCAGGUGUGGCCGUCCAACUCCAACCGCUCACGGCGCUGCGACCAGUGGGAGUACAUCCAGUGCAACGCGCAGGGCUUCAUCACUGCUGUGUAUGACGCUGCUCUGCUCUGCUCUUCUUUGCCCUCCGCUCUGCCCUGCUCUGCUCUGCUCUUCUCUUCUCUGCUCUGCUCUGCUCUGCUCUCCUCUGCUCUGCUUGGCACUGCUCUGCUCUGCUCUGCUCUUCUCUUCUCUGCUUUGCCCUGCUCUGCUCUGCUCUGCUCUUCCCUGCUCUGCUCUGCUCUGCCCUGCUCUGCUCUGCCCUGCUUUGCUCUGCCCUGCUCUUCUCUGCCCUGCUCUGCUCUGCUCUGCUCUGCUCUUCUCUUCUCUUCUCUGCUCUGCUCUGCUCUCCUCUGCUCUGCUUGGCACUGCUCUGCUCUGCUCUUCUCUUCUCUGCUUUGCCCUGCUCUGCUCGUCCCUGCUCUGCUCUGCUCUGCUCUGCUCUGCCCUGCUCUGCUCUGCCCUGCUCUGCCCUGCUCUGCUCUGCCCUGCUCUGCUCUGCCCUGCUCUGCUCUGCUCUGCUCUGCUCUGCCCUGCUCUGCUCUGCCCUGCUCUGCUCUGCCCUGCUCUGCUCUGCUCUGCUCUGCUCUGCUCUGCUCUGCCCUGCUCUGCUCUGCCCUGCUCUGCUCUGCCCUGCUCUGCUCUGCCCUGCUCUGCUUUGCCCUGCUCUGCUCUGCCCUGCUCUGCUCUUCCCUGCUCUGCUCUGCUCUGCCCUGCUCUGCUCUGCCUUGCUCUGCUCUGUUCUGCUCUGCUCUGCUCUUCUCUUCUCUGCUCUGCUCUGCUCUCCUCUGCUCUGCUUGGCACUGCUCUGCUCUGCUCUUCUCUUCUCUGCUUUGCCCUGCUCUGCUCUGCUCUGCUCUGCUCGUCCCUGCUCUGCUCUGCUCUGCUCUGCUCUGCCCUGCUCUGCUCUGCCCUGCUCUGCCCUGCUCUGCUCUGCCCUGCUCUGCUCUGCCCUGCUCUGCUCUGCUCUGCUCUGCUCUGCUCUGCCCUGCUCUGCUCUGCCCUGCUCUGCUCUGCCCUGCUUGGCACUGCUCUGCUCUGCUCUUCUCUUCUCUGCUUUGCCCUGCUCUGCUCUGCUCUGCUCUGCUCUGCUCGUCCCUGCUCUGCUCUGCUCUGCUCUUCUCUGCCCUGCUCUGCUCUGCCCUGCUCUGCCCUGCUCUGCUCUGCCCUGCUCUGCUCUGCCCUGCUCUGCUCUGCUCUGCUCUGCUCUGCCCUGCUCUGCUCUGCCCUGCUCUGCUCUGCCCUGCUCUGCUCUGCUCUGCUCUGCCCUGCUCUGCUCUGCCCUGCUCUGCUCUGCCCUGCUCUGCUCUGCCCUGCUCUGCUCUGCCCUGCUCUGCUCUGCCCUGCUCUGCUCUGCCCUGCUCUGCUCUUCUCUUCUCUGCUCUGCUCUGCUCUUCCCUGCUCUGCUCUGCUCUUCCCUGCUCUGCUCUGCUCUGCCCUGCUCUGCUCUGCCUUGCUCUGCUCUGCCCUGCUCUGCUCUGCCUUGCUCUGCUCUGCCCUGCUCUGGUGUACUGUGGGGACAGCAAGCGAGCGACGUGGGGCGUUCUGCCCGACCUGGGGAUCGACGCGACCAUGCCUCUCAAUGCCUUCUCCGCCAUGCCUUACCUCAGACGCCUUGUGCUAGGAGGGAACUACAAUCUCAACGGGACAAUCACUGACCUCCCUCUGCCCCCCUCCCUGCGCAUGCUUUUCUCACGCACUGAUAAGGCCACCGGACAGGCGGAGGAGGCCAAGAAACAGGAAGAAAAGAGGGGUCAAGGCUAG